CAGAAACAUGGCAAGAACCAAGCAAACCGCCCGUAAAUCUACCGGAGGUAAAGCUCCCAGGAAGCAGCUGGCCACCAAGGCUGCGCGUAAGAGCGCGCCUGCCACCGGCGGCGUGAAGAAGCCUCACCGUUACAGGCCCGGUACCGUGGCUCUGCGAGAGAUCCGUCGCUACCAGAAGUCCACGGAGCUGCUGAUCCGCAAGCUGCCCUUCCAGCGCCUGGUGAGAGAGAUCGCUCAGGACUUCAAGACCGACCUGCGCUUCCAGAGCUCCGCUGUCAUGGCUCUGCAGGAGUCCAGCGAGGCUUACCUGGUCGGCCUGUUCGAGGACACCAACCUGUGCGCCAUCCACGCCAAGAGGGUCACCAUCAUGCCCAAGGACAUCCAGCUGGCCCGCCGCAUCCGUGGAGAGAGACAUCACAAAUAUGUGGUGAACACCAACACAACUACUGAUCAAACUCACAGUUCCAUAAACAUGAGCGGACGCGGAAAAGGAGGCAAAGGUCUGGGUAAAGGAGGCGCUAAGCGUCACCGCAAAGUUCUCCGUGAUAACAUCCAGGGAAUCACCAAGCCCGCCAUCCGCCGUCUGGCUCGCCGUGGCGGAGUGAAGCGCAUCUCUGGUCUGAUCUACGAGGAGACUCGCGGUGUGUUGAAGGUUUUCCUGGAGAACGUGAUCCGUGAUGCUGUCACCUACACCGAGCACGCCAAGAGGAAGACUGUGACCGCCAUGGACGUGGUUUAUGCUCUGAAGAGACAGGGAAGAACUCUGUACGGCUUCGGCGGUUAAACUACUCUCUUCACUUUGUCAACAACAAUAACAACAAAUAACAACAACGGCUCUUUUAAGAGCCAAACACUUUGUCUAUGA